AUGAAGCACCUAUCCUGUCACUUCUUUCUCUUCUCCCUCCGUGCGCCACCUCAUCUUCCUCGCUCCACCGCACCGCCACCACCACGCCGGCCUGCUCGCCACGGCCGUUGCCAUGUCGCCCCUGCAGCUUGCCGCGUCCGCACGCCCCUGCAGCUCGCCGCGCCUGCACGCCCCUGCAGCUCGUCCCGCACGCGCCGCUCAUCCCGCCGCGCCGGCUUGCUCACCCUCCGCCGCCAAACUGCCUUCGAGGCCUCGCCAGCUCCGGCCAGUGGCCUCCUCGAGCUUGCUGUAUGGCGGCUCCGGCCAGCGGCCUCCUCGAGCUCGCCCUACGGCAGCUCCGGCACGCCCGGGCCGGCGCGCGACGACCAGGGUGGCAGCGUGCGGUGCGCGGUGAGCAGAGGCCGGCGCGCGGCAAGGGGCCGCGACCAGCAGCGGGAGUGCCC